AUGCACAAAACGAAACUGCAAGAACUGUGUCACAAACGGAAAUGGAAGCUUCCGGAAUACACAACCUCCCGGGAAGGUUUAGAUCAUAUGCCUCUUUUCAGGGCCUGUGUGUGGGUUUGUGGCAACAAGUUCGAUAGCGGUCCAGCUUGCAAGUCCUCCAAACAAGCCCACAAUGAAGCUGCCCAACUCGCAUUUCUUCACUUCACAUCAUCUGGGUCGACAAACCAAGAGAGGAACGAAAAUGAUGAUAGCACAAUUAGUACGAAACAAGUGCAGAGUUCCAUCCGUUCGGAGGACAAUGUGGCUGUGAAGAACUCUGAAAAUCUUGGUAAGAAAUUUAACAUACAACUUAAUCCCUCUUGUAGACUGUACUCUUUUCUGUCACUCAAGUGUGGUUAUAUUUUUCAUCGACUGUCAUCAGAAAAACAGAACAACUUCAAGAGUAAACUCGAGACUUAUGCUCGAAAAAGGAACCUUAAGCCUCCGGUGUACCUUGAUGAAAAAGUGGGGCCUCUAUAUAGAGCUGUAGUCUCCAUCGACGACGAUUGGUUUCAGAGUCCGGUAAUGUGUGAAACUAUGGAGGGAGCUCAAGAUUCUGCUGCACAAGUUGCUUUGUUAUCCUUGUCAACCGAUGCAUUUCUGGAGAACGACCCGCGUUCCUACAAAAUUCUUUUGAACGAGCUUGCGAAAGACGAAGGAUUUUUCAUUCCAGUGUACACUACGAGCAGAUGUGACGAAGCUAAGUUUGAGGCAUUCUCAUCCAUUGUGGAUGUUGAAGGAGAGAUAUUUCAAGGGGCUAAAGCAAAUUCCAAGAAGCUGGCUGAGCUCAAUGCUGCUAAGGCUGCAUAUACUGUGUUGAUCGAGCGUAAGUUAUUUGAGACUGACUACUUUCUACCACGCUCCCCAUCAGGCGAUGAUAGUCUCAGACUUGCUCGUAGCAUGGGCUCACUCAACCUUUUCGAUCCCGAAGAAUGUCCGAAAUUUGAGUCUCCAUCAGACUUCGGUUCAAGCAUGAAAAACGAGGCUCAAAUACAAAUAUUCACCGGUAAUAACUAA